AUGAAUAAGGAGAAAGAUGUUGAAGAAACGAAAAUAACACCUUCAGAAGAAGAGUUGAAGAAGAAAACUUGUUUCUCAUCUAUAUCAAGUUGUUUCGCUAGUCGUAAAAUGAUUAUGAUAAUUGUUUUCCUUGCAAUUCUUCUGGAUAAUGUUCUAUUGACAACUAUCAUCCCAAUCAUACCUAAAUUGCUAGAAGAUGAAGCGAGUGCAGUGUCAUCAAAUAACUGUACUAAUUCUUCACAGAACUGUGCAAAACACAAUCCUCAUCAAUCGAAUGAUGGAGUAAACAGUGAGAAUGAUCAUAUUAUGAUUGGCGUUAUGUUUGCAAUGAAACCACUUAUUCAGCUGAUAUGCAAUCCAUUCAUUGGUCCCAUUACAAACAGAAUUGGUUAUAGUAUUCCAAUGUUCACUGGACUCGUGAUCUUGUUCAUAUCAACUCUGAUAUUUGGAUUCUCUAGAAAUUAUUACUUUAUGCUAGUCGCCAGAUCUAUACAAGGCGUAGGAUCUGCUUGCUCAACAGUAUCAGGAAUGGGCAUGUUGGCCACCUAUUUUGUUGAUGAAAAAGAAAGAGGUCAUGCAUUCGCCUUCGCGUUGAGUGGGCUAGCGAUAGGUGUAUUAAUCGGUGCACCGUAUGGAGGCGUCACAUUUCAGUUCAUUAGUAAAGAGGCUCCAUUUCUUAUACUCUCUGGAUUGGCCAUGUUGAAUGGAAUUAUUCAGCUUUUAACACUGAGACCAACUGUUAAACGUGAAAGUCAAAAAGGCGCUUCCUUAUAUGAAUUACUGAAAGAUCCGUACAUUUUAAUUGCAGCUGGUUCAAUUACUUUUGGCAAUCUAGGCAUUUCCAGAAUGAACUCCAAGGAAUGGCAACAGGGAAUUGCUUUUCUGCCUGCCAGUUUAUCUUAUCUAGUUGGAGCGAAUAUAUUUGGACCUAUAUCGCAUAAGAUUGGUAGAGGAAACAGUGCAGGUUUGGCAUUAAUUAUCUGUGGUUGCUGUUUAAUCGCAUUACCAUUUUCGAAACGAAUGGAACACUUAAUAGCACCGAUGAUUUGUCUUGGAUUUGCUAUUGGUAUGGUUGAUUCAUCAAUGAUGCCAUUGAUGGGACAUUUAGUCGAUUUGAGACAUGUUGCAGUUUACGGCAGUGUAUAUGCUAUAGCAGAUGUAGCCUUUUGUGUUGGCUUUGUAUUCGGCCCAUUACUCAGUACUGUAAUGUUGAAAGCGUUGGGUUUUAAUUGGAUGCUUUGGGUAAUUGCUAUAAUCAGCUUUGCAUACGCUCCGCUAACUCUAUUCCUCAGGAACCCGCCUAAACGAGAUCUUCCACUAGAAAUUCUGCAUUUCCCUGAUCGGUUACUAUUGUUUCUUAUCAAAAUGUUGUACUGGAGACUUAAUCAGCUAUGCAUACAUGUACAUGGUUUAUUUCUAUUACAAAGAAAUAACACUAACAUGUGCUUAUUACUCUUUUGA